GACCACAGAUUUGGCAAUACUGGCGAGCUCCUCCCACCACCGCCCUAAGCUGGCAACACUGGCACCUCUAGUAAUGUAAACACACCUGAGGACGAGAAGGCGAGGGAACCUGCAUGUACAGAAAAGUUGCAUUUGUACCAGCCACCAUGAAGAAAAAGGUGCUCUUAAUGGGGAAGAGUGGAUCUGGGAAGACAAGCAUGAGAUCCAUCAUCUUUGCCAAUUACAUUGCACGAGACACCAGCCGUCUUGGAGCAACCAUUGAUGUUGAGCACUCCCAUGUACGAUUUUUGGGUAAUUUGGUGCUCAACCUGUGGGACUGUGGAGGGCAAGAAGCAUUCAUGGAAAAUUACUUUGCUUCUCAACGAGACAACAUUUUUAGAAAUGUUGAAGUACUUAUAUAUGUCUUCGAUGUUGAAAGUAGGGAGUUAGAAAAAGAUAUGCAUUAUUACCAGAGUUGCUUAGAAGCCAUUCUGCAAAAUUCUCCAGAGGCAAGGAUCUUUUGCCUCAUUCACAAAAUGGAUCUGGUACAGGAUGACCAAAGAGACAUUAUUUUCCAUGAAAGAGAAGAAGAUCUGAAGAGGUUAUCAAAGCCCCUAGAGUGUGUCUGCUUCAGAACGUCAAUAUGGGAUGAAACUCUGUAUAAGGCUUGGUCCAGUAUUGUAUAUGAACUAAUCCCUAAUGUGAAGGAACUUGAACAAAACUUGAGGGAUUUUGCCAACAUCAUAGAAGCUGAUGAAGUUUUGUUAUUUGAACGAGCAACCUUCCUAGUCAUUUCUCAUUACUGCAUCCGUCAGCACAGGGAUGUGAACCGCUUUGAAAAGGUUUCCAAUAUCAUCAAGCAGUUUAAACUCUCUUGCAGCAAGUUAGCAGCUCACUUCCAGAGUAUGGAGGUUCGGAACUCCAACUUUGCUGCUUUCAUCGACACCUUCACUUCCAACACUUAUUGCAUGGUCAUCAUGUCAGAUGCAUCAAUACCCUCCGCAGCAACACUCAUCAAUAUACGCACUGCCAGGAAGCAUUUUGAGAAGCUGGAACGAAUGAGUCAAGGCCAUCUAGCUCUUUCUAAGUAGAAUGUUUUUUUUUUUGUUUUUUUUUCUUUUGUUAUAUAGAUAUAUAUUGUAGAUCUUGAAAACACACACACACACACACACACACACACACACACACACACACACACACAUUUUUAUUUGAUUAAAUCAAAUUUUGUGUUAUGAAAAGAUUUGCAGUAGAACCGUAGAACCUAUUCUUCCAAUUGCUCACUAUUGCAAGCAGCACUAAAGUGCAUGUCAAGUCAAAGUGCAUCUCAGGGCAGGAAUUGGACAUGGUUUAUGUUUCUUUACAUAUAGUGCUUUGUGGCUUAUAAGAUACUGGAUAGUGGGAUACAUUCUGAUUUUGGAUUUUGAAAAAAAAAAGUUCUAAGAAAAUCUCUGUUUAUUGGGUCAACCAACACUUCAUUAACUAUUACUUGAAAUAUUGUGCUAUUCAUUUUCACAAAAAUACUGGAUAACUUUCAGUGUUUCUGUGCUGUGCUGUUAAUAAUUUUCAGUAUGGUAAUCUUAGUGGAUUUAUUUUUCUAAAUGCAAAUCCAACAUUUACACACAAAGAAAUGUGACUUUGUUUACAUGAACUACACCACUACAUUGCAAAUAGUAAAUUAACAUUUAUGAAAUGUGUGUGAAGCAUAUGUGAAAUGUAUUAGUAAGAUAUCACCAUUAUAGUUUGCUUUCUCACUUUUUAACCUGCAUUAUGGUAUUGCCUGAGCAUGUAAGUGUGUGUAGGCCUCACACUAAUUCAGUAUUGGUUUUCAAGCCAAAAUUUACACAUAAGUGUAAUGUCAUGAUAAUAGGCUUUUACUAUACUAAAAUCAUGCUUACGUGUAAAGUUUGUGGUUAUCUUGGGUUAUUUAUUAAUGAAGUAACUUCACUACAAAAUUCAAGUAUCUUACAAGCCAACAUUUCCAUGUGUGUUAGGUAUGUGGUGGUUUAACAUAUAUUCUUUUUGAAAUGCAAAAUAUGUACUAAGAUUAAUUCAGAUUUUUUUAAAGUCUGCCUAGUUUCAUGAGGUACCUGGCUGUUAUCAUAUACUUUACUUGUGUAUAACCCUCCCUACUUGCAUCAUAGAUUUUAUUAAAGAAAGAAAUGCAUACUAAGAAAUUCUUCAUGUCUCAUGUGAAAGGCAAACAGUUUUCACAAAUACUGGUAGGCCUAUUGUAGUAGUUACACAUGUUAGUAUUAGCUACAUUUUUACAAAAACUAGUAGCUGUAAAUGGUAUUUGUGUUUUAUAUAUUGAAAUUAUGUAUAUUUUUAUAUUAUCAAGUGGCCAGAAUAUUUAAAAUAAAAUAAUUACUAGUAUAUAAUCUGAAAUUAUGGAAAGUGACUUUUGACAACUUCUUACAAAUACUUCCUCCAGCUUUGCCACAAGUGGUGUAAUAAGUUGUGUAACAUAAUUAGUGAAAGGAAAGGUAUAUACUUGUUAAUAUAGUAUUAAUAUUAGAUAUUUGUUGACCUAUGGUGGCAUACACUAUAACAGGUGGUAAGGACUGACUGAAAAUGUUUCUUAAGGGGAUCAACCAAGUUAAUUUCCAUUUUCAUUAUUUAUGAACCAAACUGCAUCCAGUUUUUAUUAGCUAUAAAGUUCUUUUAGAUGAGUUAUAUGUAUAACUUUCAUUAAAUUUGGAGCAAUAGUUUUUUUCUUUUUUCUUAUGAAAAUACAAAAGAUUGAAGUUUAGAUUUUUGCAUGUUUAGACAAGUUUUCUUGGAUUUUCUUGAAAACUUGUCACAAGAUAUUUUGAUGGUUUUCUAAGAAAAUUAUAUGACAAUAUUCAUUUUUGGUUUUGUCAAGAAAAAAUCCAAAAUUUUCCCUUAUCUGGAUAUUUCUCUGAAGCUAGAAAAAAAAACUAAACACUCAAUCAAAAUUCUGUCUCAUAUUUUUUUUUACUUAUUUUAAUUCCCCUUCUAUUGACACCAGAAUGAUCAAAAUCAGACAUUAAAUGGCGGAGUAAUAUGCCUCAAUUGCGCAAUAAGUUAGUUUUGAGAUAUGAGGCUUUAAAGUUUAAAGAGACACUCAAUGUGCUUUUCAUCUGUACACAGCUAUGUAAUACUGGAAUUUUUAGAUGCCAAGUAUUACAAUGUAUUUGUUUUUAGUUAUAGAUUAUAGAUGAUUUUUAGUUAUAAUUGCAAGUGUUAGACUUGUUUUGUUGGAUCUGGAAUCUUUUAGAUAGAAAAUUGCACACUUCAUUUUUACAAUGAGGGUGUGCCACACUGAUGCAUGUGCUCUGCUCUCAGCUAAUAUCCGGCAUGCUUUUGGCAGUACUUCGCUCCUUUGGGUAAGGUAAGACUUCCUCUUACCCAUUGGGGUGAAAGAGAGCAAAGAAUGGGGAAUGAGUGAAUGCUAAGUGGGUACAGAAGUUGAUGAAAGAGAGUGUCACAAACUCCCUCCCUCUCUCUGUGUGUGUACAACACACACCGAGGCAGUGAGGCUCUUCCUCACCCUCACUCUGCUAGGCUGUGAGAGGAAGCUUCCAUACUCCACCAUAAAGAAAACUGUUUCUUAUAAACUUUCUUAGUUUUUUUUAAUGAAUACUUUUCUACAACCAUUUCCCACCUACAUUGACCUUGACAGACUGACUGAGUGUGAGUGGGGAGCAUUUAAAUGGGCAUUUAAAUGGUAGUUAAACAUGGAUGACAAAUUAUUGUACAUGCAUUGCGAAGUACUAGGCCUUAGGAUGUUAUGAGAUUAUUUUUGUAUUUUUUCAAUAUUUUUUGGAUAUGCAACUCGGUCAGUUCCCUUAAGGCAGCAUCACACAGGGCAAAUUUCUCCCAACAUGUCAGCCGUUUUUGUUGGUGAUACCAUGAACCCAACAAGUUUGGUGUCACACAAGGACUGGACUGUUGUGUUGAUGCAUCGUCAUUCUAACAACAAACCCCCAACCAGCAUUUCUUCAAUCACUUUAUUUUGCCUUAAUUAUCCCAAAAUUAUAUGUUGUUAUGUACGAAUGCGUGUUUUUUUUUUUUUUUCCCCGAUGAUGAUGGAACAAUGAUGCUGUAAAUCUUUCACUCCACUUGGCAAUGCAUAUAGGCCAUGCAGUGCUGCCUCCACAAGCUGUGCCCUGCUGACCAUGGUCAGGCCUGGUCAGGUCACUCUGGAGUUGAAGUGGCAAUGGCAUGACCAGGUACAGCAAACACCCUGAGUACCAAUUAAUAGUUUAGAUCCACUAUACCUCAAUUAAUUCGUCCCAAGCUUUCACACUCCAGCAAAACUUAGCACAGGACUCGCCAGCUACAGUUGUCAAAUAAGCGCUAUAAAUAAUACCACAUAUCAGAUAAUCAAAUCACAAUCACACUUUUUUUCUUUUUUUUUUUAGUUGACAAUUUAUCUCAACAUACAAUAAUUUUUAUUUGGUUUACAUUUAUAGCUUGUAACAUGACAGUUAUUUAACUCCAAAUACUCCCAACACAUCCAGCAACACAACCAUUUUCCAUUCCUCCUCACAACAGAAAACAAGCAACAAGAUGUUGUUUGCUGCUUGUUUUGUCCAACUGCCAACAAAAACAGGCAACAUGUUGGGAGAAAUUUGCCCUGUGUGAUGCCAUCUUUAAUCAUGGAUUAAUAUAACAUUAGCAUCAUCACACACACACACACACACACACACACACACUUGUCCACUUUUUGUUAAUAUGAAUAUUUAACCUAAACUUCACUUCAGUAUUUAUGAUCCCUUCACCAUAAAGGGAUUCUAGAAAAUAUAUUUUUACACAGAAAAUUAAUUUCUACACACACACACACACACACAGACACACACACACACACACACACACACA